AAGGGCGCGGCUUUCCGCUGCUGUUAUCGUCUGUCGCCCGUCCGAACGAGAAGCGUCCAGUCGAGGGCUUUGCUGGCGGGAGCCGGGCGGUUACGGCGCGGUGGCUCUUCCAGCCGGGGAGAUGUCGAGGCGGGUGGGGCUCCGGCAAGCCGCUUGGAGGCGAAGAGUGGCCGCCGAGGCGACGGCGGCGCCCGACUCGCGUUCCUCCGGGAGACUGCGCCCCUCGACGGCAUUCAGCCCCUGAGCCCCGGGAUCGCAGGCGGACGCGGCCCGCGGAAGGGAAUUCAACUGCACAGCAAAGUACCGAAGACUGCUUUGGCACCAGGAAGUGCAAUAAUGAAGUUGUUGGAAAACUCCAGUUUUGAAGCCAUCAACUCCCAGUUGACAGUGGAAACGGGAGACGUGCACAUUAUUGGCAGGAUAGAGAGCUAUUCGUGCAAGAUGGCUGGGGACGACAAGCACCUCUUCAAGCAGUUUUGCCAGGAGGGUCAGCCACACGUCCUGGAGGCCCUGUCACCGCCCCAGACCACCGGCAUCAGCCCUAACCGGCUCAGCAAGAGCCAGAGUGGAGACGAAGAGGGCCCCCUCAGUGACAAGUGCAGCCGCAAGACCCUCUUCUACCUGAUUGCCACCCUGAACGAAUCUUUUCGCCCGGACUACGACUUCAGCGCGGCCAAGAGCCACGAGUUCAGCCGGGAGCCCAGCCUCAACUGGGUGGCGAAUGCCGUGAACUGCAGCCUCUUUUCCGCCGUCCGGGAAGAUUUCACCGCCCUGAAGCCUCACCUGUGGGACGCGGUGGACCAGGAGAUCUGCCUCUCCGAGUGCGACAUCUACAGCUACAACCCGGACCUGGACUCGGACCCCUUUGGGGAGGAGGGCAGCCUGUGGUCCUUCAACUACUUCUUCUACAACAAGCGCUUGAAGCGGAUCGUCUUCUUCACCUGUCGCUCCAUCAGUGGCUCCACCUACCCUCACGAGGCUGGGAACGAGUUGAACAUGGACCUCCAUGAGGACGAUGCCGGGGAGACAGCCGGCAGCUGCGACAGGGACGGGGGCAGCAUUGAGGCGGAGAAGAGGCAGGUGGUCUGCAUGUGAUUCCUGGGCCGGGGGGCUUCUCCCACGAAGGACGGCGCUGCCAGCUCUUUCCCCAAACAACUCGGUGUUGUUGCGUUGCUCUGCCUGCCUGUGGAUGUUGCGUGAGUCAUUGGCGCCUCCAGAUGCCCAGGAGGGUGCCAGCAAGUCCUCUGUCCGUCCGUCCACCCGUUCGGCCUUCAGGGAUCCGAUUCUUGCCCGGCAGCGGCCUUGUGACUCUGUCUUUCCCGCCGUGCCCGGGGGACACAAUCUUUCGUGGAGACAGCUGCCUUGGUUGCAGGGGGGCAGACUGGCUGCUUUUGCUGUUGGGGCUCCUUUCAGCCCUGCCCCCCCCCCCGGAUCGAGUAAAGAAGCAGAAGCCGAAUUAACCUGGGAACAGGAUGGAGAGGCUCUCUCCCCCCUUUUUUAAAAUCCCCCCCCCCAAGACUUUUGGCAUCAAGUAGCUGGACUGGCAGGAGGGCGCUCCGGCAUUUGCCCCCCCUCGCUUCCCCCAAGGGCUCCUAGAGAUUUUAUUUUUGUAUUCCUGCCAAGGGUCUGCUUGCGCCUGGGCCCCUCCCCAGCACUUUCACCGGCUGCAGCAGCAGCAGCAGCUUCCCCUCCCCAGAGACUGAUGGGGGCUGGCUUUGUCCCUGGCCCCCAGCCCCUCUCUCUGCGCUGAGGGGGCAGAUCGCUGAGGGGGCCGAUCCGUCCAUCCACCUGAGCAGCAGGCCCCCUCCCCUUCUGCCCCGCUCUCCUUUUGCACUGACUCUGCAGGUGUGUCUUUGUGUGUCUGUUUUGUGGAGUGGGCUGGUGCCGUUUUGCAGGUUGCAAACAUUUGGAAAGCCCCCCCCCACUAGAGCCACUGGUACCCAAACAAUGGAGGGGAGCAAUUUCCCACAAUUCCCUGCCUUCAAAUGGGGUGCAGAAUAAAGGUGGGGGGCGAGUGCUAUCCUCCAGGGCACCUUCCGAAAUCCAGCCUUGGAUUAGACGCUGCAAAUUCUGCCCUCUGCAGGAGCACUUAAGCUUCCCCUGUGGAGGGGUUGGUCCCUCGGGAAGAGGGGGGGGGUCCCCCCAACAUUUGAUUCCCCAACUUGUUCCCUCCACCACCAGCCCUUCCUUCCCCCCCCCCAUUGCCUCGUGGUUCUGUCGGCCGGGCUAUAAAAGUUUUUUCCCUCUGC